AUGGCGUCCAACGGAGCCAUCCAAUACCCGCCUCAAUUGUUGUUGAACCCUCAGCAGGGGCAUCAGCCGGGCGCAGCGCCACAGGCACUGCAGCAACCGCCACAAGUUAUGAUGUUGGCUGACUCGUAUGCGAAGGCUAAUGCAAAGGCUUUUGCCCGGACCACCCAGCCGACCUUCGACGGCGACAAGACAGCCGUGAAAGGGUGGAUUCCCCAGAUCAGAAGGAUCUGCAAGCAGUCGUCCGACUUUAUCAAGCCGGACCCGGACUUCAUGAGCCGCAUCUUCGCAUCCUUGUCCAAACCGGUCAAGGAAUGGUACACUGGCCAGCGCAAACUGAUCUCUCGGCGCAAGUUUCUUUUACUACUCUGUAUACUGAAGAAGCGAAAGCUGCGAGAUGACUGGGUUCCCUUUGCUUUUGAUCCGCGUGUUUUCUCCGAACGUGAAAGCUGGCGAUAUUUCCGUUUCACGAUGCCCGAGAUCGAAGAUCUCCGAAAGCGCCUAAUGAUCCCUGACGUCGUAAUAACCACACGACGCGAGCGUGCAUCAGGUGUGGAAGCUCUGUGCAUCUUGUUGCGCCGUCUUGUAUAUCCUUCGCGAUGGAUUGAUCUGCGAAUGUUUUUUGGACGUUCUGAGAGCAGCUUGUGUGGUAUAUUCAUGUGGGUGCUGAAUCACAUCGACAAGACAUUCAGAUGGCUUCUGGAGGAGUGGAACCAGGCCUGGCUUACAGAAGAAGAUUUCAUUCUGUACACAGGCGCCGUUGCCGCGAAAGGAGGCGUGCUGCGUGGAUGUUUUGGUUUCAUUGACGGAACUGCUCGACCGAUCAGUCGUCCAAAAUUUUACCAGCGACAGUGCUUUAGCGGGCACAAGCGCCACCACUGCUCGAAAUGGCAAGCCAUUCUUCUACCAAACGGGAUGAUUGGUAGCUUAUAUGGAGGACACCGCGGAUCCAUGCACGACAGUACUCUUUUGACCUCAAGCAAAGUUUUGGAUGCGCUGCAGCAGAAAUUCGCCACAUUUGCAGGUCCAGAAAGGUUUUGUCUUUAUGGUGACUCGGGCUACGGAAGAGGUGACCUUGUGAAGAAACCGUUCUCGAAAGUGGAAGUUAUGAAUGACCGUCGUAAAAAAAUGUUGAAUAAAGCUAUGUCUCGGGUAAGGGAACCUGUCGAAUGGGGCUUCAAAUAG